AUGGCAUUUGAGUAUUUGGCAUACGUUUUAUACCAAGAUGAGGAGAUAAUAAGCUCUUCAUCAGUGGAUAGACGUUUGCUUCGAGAAGUGGACAACCCUUUCGACUUGGCUGCAACUGAGUUUCGUAACCUUUACCGAUUAACCCCAGACUUGGUUGAAGAUAUUGUUUCCCAGCUUGAUAGCCAAUUAAGGGGUCGAAGAAUAACUGCGAUAACGACAGAGAAACAGGUUCUAACUGCCUUGCGAUUCUUCGCAACUGGCUGUUAUCAAUGUCCAGUCGGAGAGCAAUGGGGGAUAUCCAUGAGCCAGUCGUCCGUAAGUCGCUGUAUACAUCGCGUAACGGAUGCAAUAAACCGCACCAUGUUUUUGGCAAAGGUUAGGUUUCCAAUGACCCAAAUAGAGCGGCAAGCUGCAAAAGAAAUUUUCGCCUCAGCAUCCGCACCAUUUGUAGGAGGUACUAUUGGGGCUAUCGAUUGCACUCAUGUGUCAAUCAUGAGCCCAAAGCAUCAUGAAGAAGCGUAUGUCAACCACCAUGGAUACCAUUCUAUCAAUGUGCAAAUGAUAUGUGAUCCAAAUCUAAAGAUUUUGGCUGUCAAUGCUAAAUACCCAGGAGCGCGACACGAUUCAUUUAUUUGGAGCUCCUCUGCAGUCCGGAGAGUUAUGCAGCGAAGUUUUGAAAAUGGAGACCAUAACGUGUUUUUGAUUGGUGACUCAGGAUAUCCUUUGGAGCCGUGGUUGAUGACUCCUCUACCAAACCAACCAGAAGGGAGUCCUAAAUUCCACUACAAUGAGGCAUUGUGCAAAGCUCGAAACCCAGUCGAGAGACUUUUUGGCGUUCUCAAAGGAACUUGGCGAUGCUUAUCUCAGCAAAGGACUCUUUUGUAUGAUCCUGGAUUUACUGGAAAAGUAGUAAAUGCUUGCACAGUGUUGCAUAACUUGCGAUUGGGUAACCAAACAUACGAUCCCGAGACUGAUUUCCUAGAGCCAAGGACACAUAGCAGUAAUGUAAAUCAAGACGCGCCGUCUUCAACAGCAAAACGCGUCCAAGACCGGCUAAUUGCAAAUUAUUUUACAUGA